AAAAAAAAAAAUAAGGCUCGGUCGGGGUGUUAUUGUUUUCUGGUUACCUUCUUCGGUUUUCUUUGAUUUCUCUAUGCUCUGGGGCAGCCGUCCGUCUCCCUGAGAAAUUCACUUUCCAUUUCUGCUGUUCUUGGUGCCUUUGAUCACGAAUUCGGUCGAAAUUGUACAUUCUUUCGUCAUAAAAAAAGAAAAAGUAGUAAGUAUAUAUUGUCGUUGUUGUGAGCUAUGAGUAGAGAUUCCAAAGGAAGAGCUUGGUAUGGUAAAGUCUACCGUAGAUUGGAAACGAUUCUUGUGGAUAAGGACACUUUUGUUUCUCAGGGUAAGGUUUCUUUAGAAUCAAAUGAUUCUGUAAAGGAUGAACCAGAGGAACCAAUGGAGGGGGAUAGUUUAAAGGAGAAGUUAUCAGACUCUGUGUUGAUUGAUGAGAAGUUUGAAGACUCUGUGUUAAUUGAUGAGAAGUUUGAAGACUCUGUUUUGAUUGAUGAGAAGUUUGAAGACUCUGUGUUGAUUGGUGAGAAGUUUGAAGACUCUGUGCUGAUUGAUGAGAAGUUAGCAGACUCUGUGUUGAUUGAUGAGAAGUUUGAAGAGCUUUGUGAUGAUGAUCAGACAGCUGGCACUUCCCUUUGCCACAAAGAUCCCAUAUCUUCUCGUGCAUCUCAAUCUAUGACUGGAAUAACAUGUAAUGAUGAUGCUUUUGUAUCUCUCUCUGGGAUUUCUACGGGUGUCUCAAAUAUAACCCCAUUCGCUACAGAGAUUCAAGCUACACCUGUUCAAGACAGUGUGGCCAACACUAGGUCCUUUAGCAGCAACUCUAUGAAAGUUAAUCAAGAUGAGUUCUGCAUUGAAGACUUCGAUGUUGGUCCCUUGGAUACCAUUGAUUUGUUUGACAUGACAACUCGAGAAGACCCCUCAGAUUUUGACGACAAUCUGCUAUAUGCAACGCGUGACAGGAGUGAGAAACUCAGAUCAUUCAAGAGAAAGCUAAUGGAUGCUUUAACUACCAAAAAGAGAAGAGAGAAGGAAUAUGAGCAGCUUGCAAUAUGGUUCGGAGACGCAGACAUGGGUUGUGAUCUUGUAAACACUAAAGAACAUGCUACUACAUCUCCAGACUCCAAAAGCUCACAGUCAAAUGUGCCAAUUGUAUCAGAAGAUUCUGAGUGGGAGAUAUUGUAAAGAAAAAAAGGAGUUCUAUAUUGGUGAGGCCAUAUGAUGCUUUUGAAUAUAUAUCAAGAAUAACUUUGUAACUAAUAUGGAAAAAACAAAUUCUUCUUUCGGUUC